GACAAUUUGCAGGCCUCGGAGGAAUCCGCGCAUAACCUCAACAGCCACAAGGGCCCAGCAUCUCUAGGUGCAUGACAUCGUUGCAUCUGAAACACUACCUGCUUUUGCCCAGCACGUUCGCAGCCUUAGCCCCGGAGAGAAUCCCAGCCCAAACUGCGCUUGUGCAGACUGGCCGAUGGGGCUGGCGAUUGACCGACUCUUUCUUAUACCUGUUGUCGCGCUAUCAGGCGAUGCUCCGUCUUGUGAGGUAGACUCAAAGUACGCGCCAUGGCCAAUUCCAAAUAUGAAUACGUGCGCUUUUUCGAGCAGCCAGACAUCCUGUUGUCGAACACCUGGAUUGUGGUGCGAAUCGAUGGACGCGGUUUCUCCAAGCUGACGACGAAAUACAAGUUCGUCAAGCCGAACGACCGAGAUGCGUUGGAUCUCAUGAACGAGGCCGCCGAGGCCGUGAUGCGGGAGCUGCCAGAUCUCGUAAUAGCGUACGGCAACAGCGACGAAUACAGUUUUGUUUUUCACAAGGACUGCAUGCUGUUCGAGAGAAGAGCAAGCAAGCUCGUCACUACCAUCGUCUCUACCUUCACAUCUUAUUACGUUUUCUUGUGGUCAAAGUAUUUCCCCCAAAAGCCGUUGACGCCACCUUUACCGUCGUUCGACGGCCGAGCAGUCUGCUACCCAAGCGACCUAAACUUGAGAGACUACAUGAGCUGGCGACAAGUCGAUUGUCACAUCAACAAUCUAUACAACACCACAUUUUGGACGCUCGUUCAGCAAGGCGGUAUGUCGCCCCAAGAAGCCGAGCAAAGAUUGUCUGGCACGGUCUCGGCGGACAAGAACGAGAUCCUAUUCAAAGAGUUUGGCAUUAACUACAACAAUGAGCCGGAUUGCUUCAAGAAAGGCACUAUCCUAUAUCGAGAUCUCCAAGCGCUGACAGCACAGUUCUUCCCAACAGAAGAUCCGCAAGCGAAAUCUACAGCAGCCGCGGAGAACGAACCUUCUGUUCUAGCCCAGCCUCAGCCAGUGCGAUCACACUCACGGCCUUUGUCUCAAGCGGGAAACUUGACCCCAUCACGACGAGCAUCGUCUCCAGUUCUGCCGAUAUUUUCCUCGCCCACAGGACCGACCUUUCUCUCUACAGCUUCGACGCCAUCGCCUCCUCCAGCACUGCAAAGACCGAAGGGCAUGGGCUUUCCAAAUCCGCUCCAAUCGAACCCUGUCAGCCCCCAUAACACUAUCUACUCGCAAAACACCAUGCCGCUCUCGCCGCCUUCAACUCUGACAUCGCCAACGGUCAAGCAGGCUCUCCCAUCGCUGAUGCCGUUACCCUUAUCACCCCCGAUACUGAAGCCAAGUACGAAACCGCCGCAGUCCCUUGAUGCACCUAACCCGACCACGCGUGCAAACUUCUCGCCUACAGCUCCUCCAGCUGACUUCUCAAAUCCGUUUGUAGAGCGCAGUAAGACGCAGUUGAGGGAAAAGCCUAUAUCGCAUUCAGCAUCUGCUUCGAUGUCUACCUCGGGACCGUCGGAGCCAAAACUCAAGCACCGCUCACCUAGUCUUUCUCAAAUCCAUACAUAUCUCGCGUCCAGCAGCACAGGGCCGCCCUCGAUACCGCUCCGGAUAUCGAGCAUUCCGGCUAACACAAAGCCACGUAAAUUAUCUCUGCUCCAUCUUCGGUCGAAUUCCAAUCUCAGGGACAACAGUGGUGAAGGGAAGGAAAAUGCUGCCAGCUCCCUGCAAGGCCCUACAACACCCCCCAGGUCUAGUCCGCCAUUGAACACCAACAAGGAGCUCCCAAGCCCCCCUGGCGGUGAUGGAAGAGUUUUCAAUGACCCCAAUAAGAGGAAAGGGAGCACCGGGUGGCAGUAUGAUGAACACCCUGGGAUUGCUGAACUACCGGCCAACUCAGCUCGUCACUCUCGCCAGCAAUCGCAGCCCGUCCCAGCGUCGAACGAAUGGGGCUCGUAUGCGCACGUCUAUGACACGCUUCAGAGCUCCGUUCCUGGUACUCAACCAUCCGCCAGUACAGAUGGUCGGCUAGCUACAUCGGCCAGAGAAAAGUCAAGUUCAAAACGACAUGCGCCAACAAAGUCCGAAGUUAAGUCUGAGAAGCGUAAGUCUAAGGACUUAUCGAAGUCUGAUUCAAAAAACAAGACCCGCCCUGCUGCUGCCGACCCGGCCGCAAUAACGGGUCAACCCUUGCAGAUGAGCCGCACUCAAAAGGAGAAAGACCGAAAGAGACGUAGCAAAGCUAGGAUCAUCACGGAACACGUCGAUCUUAUCAAGGACGACUUCUGGGAGAAGAGACCGUGGAUCUUGAGUGGGAAGGCAGGCUAG